CAUGGCGGCAGAAGAGGCGGAUGUGGAUAUCGAAGGGGACGUGGUGGCAGCCGGACACCCCGGGUCAGACUUGACAUGGGUUAAAACUUGUUUGCUAUCAACAGUUGAAAGAAACUACUGCUUUCAGUUCAUGGUAGAAUACCUGUUAGCCCCACAGACUGUUGUAACCAUUAUAGGACCAAUUUAAAGAAAUGAUGGCAAUACAGCAUCAGUUUUACAAGCCGAUCACUAUCUUGAUUCAUGGAGAAGUGAGAAUGGCCUUAUUCCUUGGACUCUGGAUACCACCAUCAGUGAAGAGAACAGAGCAGUGAUUGAGAAAAUGUUGUUGGAAGAAGAAUAUUAUUUAUCGAACAAAUCACAUCCAGGAAAAUUCUGGCUUGAUCAAAAGGAAGAUGAUAAAAAAUACACAAACAGUCUGCAGAAAACAGCUAAAAUCAUGGUACACUCUCCUACAAAACCAGCCAGUUACUCAGUAAAGUGGACGAUAGAAGAAAAAGAGCUGUUUGAACAAGGGCUGGCUAAAUUUGGCCGAAGGUGGACCAAAAUUGCGAAGCUAAUUGGAAGCCGUACUGUUUUACAAGUAAAGAGUUAUGCCAGACAGUACUUUAAAAAUAAGGUGAAACUGGGUCUGGAGACAGAAUUGUCAACUCAGAAGAGCGGCAUUGAUUUAGAAGUUAAAAAUGAAGAUGAAGGGGCAAAGGCAUGGACACAGUCAUCUCUAAGGGGGCGUGCUGACCCCAACUUGAAUGCUGUAAAAAUUGAAACAUUAUCUGAUGAUGAAGAAGUAGAUAUCACAGAUGAGGUGGAUGAAUUGACAUCCCUACCACCACAACAAAGUUCUAGCAGUGGUCUCUCAUUAGACAUUGCUGAUAGUAAGACGAAUGAAACCAGUCGUGGAGAAUUCAUAGACACAGAGUCUGGUCCCUUUUCUAAAUCUUCCAAGGAAUAUCUUCAGAGUAUAAAGCAAGAUGAAAUGGAACCGUUUUCAGGCUCAGCAAUUACAUUACAGACUGGAAAACAGAGCAACAUUGACAAAAGCUCAAUUGAAUUAAUUGAUGAGAAAUAUAAACAGAUUAAAAGCUUUGAUGGGCAAGGUGAAAAUGGAAUGUUAAAUGAUGCCAGGCAGUGGCUUUCUGUAGAGCCUUUUGAAAGGCAGAAAGAUGUGAGUGAUAAUGAAAUUCCUUUUCAUUCUCCUUGCCAAAUGAUGGAGGGAAACCAUGAGGAAGAAGAGCUUAAGCCACCAGAGCAAGAAGUAGAAAUAGAUAGAAAUGUCAUUCAAGAAGAAGAAAAACAAGCGAUUCCUGAGUUUUUUGAGGGGCGUCAAGCUAAAACACCAGAACGCUACUUGAAAAUUAGAAAUUAUAUUUUGGAUCAGUGGGAGAUAUGCAAACCGAAAUACUUAAAUAAGACCUCAGUACGUCCUGGCCUGAAGAACUGUGGGGAUGUUAAUUGUAUUGGACGGAUUCAUACAUACCUCGAAUUGAUAGGAGCAAUCAAUUUUGGAUGUGAACAAGCUAUAUAUAACAAGCCACAACCAGUUGAUAAAGUACGAAUCAGAGACAGAAAAGAUACAGUAGAAGCUUACCAACUUGCCCAGCGUCUGCAAUCUAUGCGUACAAGAAGACGUAGGGUUCGGGACCCCUGGGGAAACUGGUGUGAUGCAAAGGACUUAGAAGGACAAACAUUUGAGCAUUUCUCUGCUGAGGAGUUUGCAAAACAAAGGGAAGAGGAAAAAUCUAAGUCUACUAAAUCUUCAAAAAUGUCAAGACCAACCAAAAGCUCAUUUGAUCCCUUCCAACUGAUACCUUGCAAUUUUUUCAGUGAAGAAAAGCAGGAGCCAUUUCAGGUGAAAGUGGCUUCAGAAGCACUUUUAAUAAUGGAUUUGCAUGCUCAUGUUUCCAUGGCAGAAGUAAUUGGUCUAUUAGGAGGAAGAUACUUAGAAGCCAAUAAAGUUGUUGAAAUUUGUGCAGCAGAACCAUGUAACAGCCUGAGUACAGGACUACAGUGUGAAAUGGACCCUGUAUCGCAAACCCAAGCCUCAGAAGCCUUAGCGGUAAGAGGCUACAGCGUUAUUGGAUGGUACCAUUCUCAUCCUGCAUUUGACCCUAAUCCUUCCUUACGAGAUAUUGACACACAAGCUAAAUACCAGAGUUAUUUCUCCAGAGGAGGUGCAAAAUUCAUUGGAAUGAUUGUUAGUCCCUAUAAUCGCAACAAUCCUUUACCAUACUCCCAGAUGACCUGCCUGGUAAUAAGUGAGGAAAUGAGCCCAGAUGGCUCCUAUCGUUUGCCUUACAAGUUUGAAGUACAACAGAUGUUAGAAGAACCUCGGUGGGGAUUAGUGUUUGAAAAGACAAGAUGGAUAAUAGAAAAAUACAGGCUCUCCCACAGCAGUGUCCCCAUGGAUAAAAUCUUUCGCCGGGAUUCUGACCUAACUUGUUUGCAGAAACUUUUGGAGUGUCUGAGGAAAACGCUGAGCAACGUAACCAAUUGCUUCAUUGCUGAGGAAUUCUUGACUCAGAUAGAAAAUUUGUUCCUUUCUGAUUACAAAAGCAAGCAAGAAAAUGGAAUAACAGAAGAGAACUGUACAAAGGAAUUGUUAAUGUAACUAAAACAAAAUAUUUAACUUUGACAUGAUAGAUCCUAUUUUGAAAGUUUAUAACCUUGAGAUUAUUGUAAUGUGACUGGCACAAGUGGCAUUUUUUUCUCUUAAUUCACAGAAUUGUAAACUUUGCCACAUUAAUCACUUGAAAAGGGAGGGAUUAAACUUGUUUUUAUACAGUGGUUAUAGGUGCUAUAUAAACUAGGGUGCACUGUGGUAUUCUGUCCUUUAUUAAGUAACUUGGUAGACUGAAAAUUUAUGCAAAUAGUCUGCCGUACUGUUGUAUACAGAUUGAUCACUGAAGAAUCUCUAAUUUUUACUUCUUCCCUGAACUAAUCAUUUAUUAUUUUCCAUUUUGAGGUCUCAUAUCUCAUUAGAAAGACUUUCACUCUUUGCAUAUGUUUUGAUGAGAUUUGUGUUUGUUAUUUGGGGUUGCAAAUGAGAUAUAGUUGGGUAGUCACUGCAGUAAUACGAACUUAUAAAUCUAAUUACAUACUAUAGGGGGCCAGGAGAAAACCUUAAAAAUAGCCAGGGGAAGGUCUCAAGGGAGAGAAUUAAGUUACCAAUUUUUAAUCAUGGAUAUUCUUUUAUAGCAACAUUACUAUAAGUUAUGACAUUUUUCUCAGCAAACUGAAAAAGCAUUUUUAUGGAUUUUACACACAUGAAAGAAGUAGCUCUAUCCUCUCAGAGUAGUUUGUGGUAAUUAGACCUGGAAACUAGUCCUCAAAUAGCUCGCCCCUAUACUAUCUACUAUGAGGGGGAAAGAGGUCAGUUGCAAUCAAGUUAGAAUAAAAAGAAAUUUAAUUUUUAAUAUCUUACAUAUUAACAUAAUGCUUUGUGCUUUAUGAAUAGGAAAUGGAGGACAGAAAACUUGUUUUAUAGAAUUUAGCUUUUAGACAAUUUCAGCUUUUCCGCCAUAGAUGGUCUCUAUCAAAUAUUCUCUUUUUUUGGUCUGAGACCAGGACUCAAAUUUGGUAUCUGCUGCUUUUGCUCAUGGGCUAGUGCUUUACCAACUGAGCCACACCUCUAACCCCUGAUAUACUUUUUGUAUUGUUUUGUAGCUUUUGAACAUUUGUAUGUGAUAUGCUUUACAAAAUACAGAUUACUGAUCUAGAGAACUGAAAACAUUAGAACAGUGUACAUUCUUGAGCCUGAGAGGCUAGGUAGUCCUAGAUCAUUGUGAAGAGACAAUAGAACUAAUAAGUUUAGUCCACAUUAAGUCCAUUUUCCAAUAAAAAUAAGCAUGCUGCCUCCUUUAUUAAAUUUCAGUAGGUUUCAGUUUAUUCCUACUAACCAAAAAGCUGAUUUAUACCCAAGAAUUUUUUUAACAGUUUCAGUAUAUUUCAUUUGGAAAUGGUUCUCUGUUUCUGCUUUAUUUGUUUGUAAUCAGUAGCCAUAGAAGAAUAAGGCACUGUGGGAAGAAGUAGCUUUGUAAUUUUAGGUGACCUGGGUCUGUUUCAACCUUGUUACUUUGAGAGGUAAUAGUUUAUUUUCUGUGGGCAUACAUUCUUUUGUGCCUGAGGUUUAAAUUAACCUUUUACUGUCCUUCCAGAUCUAAAAUUUUACCAUUCAUUCUAUUUGUUAGUGGAAUUUUAUAUUUUGAGAUUGUGCAGUUCCCAUGUUAACAUUUUUUUUUUAAGAAAAUGAGUAGUUUUCCCAUGACAACAUAGUUUAUAAAAUUACUUUGAGGGCUGGGAAUAUGAGUCUAGACCAAAAAUCAAGAAACCUAAGCUCUAUUGUAAUUGCAUUACCCACUUUGCUGUGUGAUCUCUAUUCAAUCCAGAGCUUUUCUGAACUCCAGGCUUUUUUCCAGUGGAGAAAGGGCUUUAAAAUCCCCAAGCUCUACCCUAGUUCUUUGACUUUUAUUAUUGCACCCAACUAUAAAAUAAUGAGCUUAAUUUGUUUCUUAUUCCAGCUUGGCUAAUGAAAAUUGAUACUAGUACUUCUCCAAUAUUAGAUUUAGCUUAGUUCAAAACAAAUUCCAAAUAACAUUCGGAAAUAGGCUCUCAAGCACUGAUCAAACCAGCAGGAUUAAACUGUCUGUGCCCUCUAUUCUAGCCUGAAUCUUUCUUCUUAAGUCUUUUUAAAUCUGUGGUUUUCAUUUCUAUAGUUGGUUUGACCAUAAAUUCAAAGCUGCCUGAAUUUUUGUGGGCCUUGAGAAUUUGUGCCUUCUUGAACUCAUUCUAUACAAAAUUUAAAUUAUAUCUUAUGAUUCAGUUUAUAUAAAAGGUAUUCAUUAAUGUUUUAAAUUGAAGUGUUUCCCUUAAAGAUCCAUUUUUCCUCUCAUGAAGUUAAAUUAAAACAUUUUUAUGGGCUUUUUAUAUUACAAGCCUGAGGCACUGCUUCGUGGGUAAGCUGUCCCUGCUGUGUUCUGAAGGGUGUUAUUGGAAAGUCAGCAGCCACCACCACCACUACCACCCAUCCCCUGCAAGUGCACUGCCAUCCCACUGUUAAAGGUCUGUCUGCUGAAACUUCAUUUCUUCACACUCUGACCAGAACUCUGGAGAUGGGGUCUUCUCUGCAGGUGGUUUAGUGCUGCCCCCACCUUCUCUACUGUGCUCCACAUCCCCACCCCUAGGAAGAGGGUGAGGUCUAUCACCUGCAGACCGUCAGGGGCUCUGCAGUUCUGGGCAGAAAGAGGCAAGGCUUUAACAAGUGCCAACCCAAGGGUGCCUCCUGGUCUUUCAUUUCUCAUAUAUUUUGCUGAGUCCUAACAGGGAGAGUUGGAGAAGCUGAGCAGUCAGGAUCCCUAGGAGCAGUGCUCUCUCCUCUGCCAACAAAAGAGCCACCUGAACCUUGACCACCUGAUGUGUUGCUACCUGUUCACAAGACAGCAGCAACAGGCCUUCAGUCUGGGUUUCUCCAUGGGAAUUGAGUCAGGGCACCCACAUUCUUUUCACUUACACUUUCCUCUGCUAGUAAUAAGCAGAGACUCAAUCUACCACGACACCUUAUGGCAUCAAGAGAAACUUUUUUGCAGAAGCACAAAAAAGAGCACAUUUUAUAAUCAUGCUCCAUCAGGGUUCACAAAAAAAUUAUCACAUUUGAUCUGAAUCCACAACUUGCCAGUACUUUAAUAGUGUUCUUACAGAUGAAUAUAUUUUACAAUGUGUCCAGAAAAUCACUGUUAGAGAAUAAUAUAAUAUACUUCAGUUCAUUAUUUCCUGUCCUUUUCUUAAAAAGAUUUUAUGUGUCAUGUAACCUGAAACUCUGUUUUCUGUUUGUUUGUUUCCAUUUAACCUUUCUGGUAUUUUAUGAAUUGAGCUUCUAAGCCACAUUAAGUCUUUCUGGAAUCAAGAGGUUACAGACAUGGUGUCCCCACUACAUCACAUAUAUCCCAUAUGUAUGUCACAUAUAUGAUUAUGCCAAAGGCAUAAUUGCUAUCGAUCUAAAUUUCAGAAGACAAAUUAAUCUCAGUAUCUAGGUUGUCAAUCAUUUCCUCCUUUGGUGUUUCAGAAGAGCUUUAAUUUCAAGAGGGCCUGGUUUGUUUUCUUUGGGGUUUCCCAGGAAAGUGUCUUGGGAUUUUUGAAGGCUAUUAAAUAUAUUUUCACACUUUGGAUUCCUGUUUCAUAGGUGACCACAAACAUUGGUUUCAGCCUGUUUAGAUUUCAGCAUGUUAUAAGUAGAUCUGUCAAGUAAGUAUCUUUAAACUUGGGGAUUUGACAUGUAUAGGAUGUUUUAUAUAUAUAAGCUUACUAGCUAUCUUUACAUGAUUUGUUGAUAAACUGGUUACUAUUAUUUUUCCCAGAUGUUACCAGUAUUGAAUUUUUUCCUUAGUCUGAAGUUUGAAAUAUUCUAUAACAAUAGUGAUUUCAACCAUUGUACAUUUGUGUAUGCCAUGUUGUAUAUAUCUAUUAAUAUUAAAAAUAUGGUGAAUAUCAGUGUUUAUAGACUUAAGAAAUAUCUUCCAUCAAAAUGAUUAUGGUCUUUCUUCCAUACUUAUUUGUGACAUAUCAUUAUAUAUCUGAUUUUAAGCCUUGGGAUUUUAUCUUGUAAAAAUUAAAGAGAAACUUCCUAAGGACUACAAAAUAAAUUUUUGAAAAUAAAAUGGGUGAUCAUUU